AUGGUCGAUAUGUCAGAAUUCGGGGAGGCUGCUCCCUUCCUCCGAAAGAGCGAGAACGAGCUGAUGAAGGCUCAGACCGUUGCCUUCGAGGGGAAGAAGAGAUGUUGGGUUCCUGAUGACAAGUUAGCUUAUGUUGAAGGUGAAAUUACAGAAACCAGCGGAGGCAAAGUGACCGUGCAGACAGAAGAUGGAAGGACCAUGACUCUAAAAGAAGAUGAUGUGCAGACAAUGAACCCUCCCAAAUUCGACAUGAUAGAGGACAUGUCUAUGCUGACCCAUCUGAACGAGGCGUCUGUGCUGUCCAAUCUGAAAAAACGCUACACCAACUGGAUGAUCUAUACAUAUUCGGGUUUAUUCUGUGUGACCAUAAAUCCCUACAAGUGGUUGCCUGUCUACAAGCCAGAGGUUGUUGCUGCAUACAAAGGCAAGAGGCGCUCAGAGGCUCCUCCCCACAUCUUCUCCAUUGCUGACAACGCAUACCACGACAUGCUGCGUAAUCGGGAGAAUCAGUCUAUGCUGAUCAC